AUGAAUAGGGAGGAACGUGACGCAAUCUCUAAACUAUGUUACGAGUUUCGUGAUAUAUUUUAUUCUGAUAAAUUUCCUUUAUCAUUCACAAAUCAGGUUAAACACAAAAUUAGGACAGUUAACGAAGACCCCAUUUAUAUUAGACCUUAUAGACAUCCUGCUUCUCAAAAUCAAGAGAUAGAAAAACAGGUGGAUAAACUCUUAAAAGAUAACGUCAUACAAAAUUCAUUUUCCCCUUAUAGUGCACCAGUUCAUUUGGUACCGAAAAAGCUAGAUGCGUCCGGCGAACCAAAAUAUAGAAUGGUUAUCGACUAUAGACGUUUGAACGAAAUCACAAUAGAUGACAAGUAUCCUUUGCCUAACAUAUCGGAACUUUUUGAUAAAUUAGGUAAAUCACAGUACUUUACCACAAUUGAUUUAGCAAGUGGUUACCAUCAAAUUGAAGUCCAAAAGGAAGAUCAGCACAAAACAGCGUUUACUACACAAUCAGGUCACUAUGAAUUCAAAAGAAUGCCGUUUGGCUUAAAAACAGCACCGGCAACGUUCCAAAGAGCAAUGGAUAACGUUUUACGCGGCCUACAAGGAUUACACUGCAUGGUAUACUUAGAUGACAUAAUUGUAUACUCAGCUAGUUUACAAGAACAUAUUAUAGUAAAACUUAAGAAAAUUUUUGAACGUUUACGUGAGACUAAUUUAAAGGUUACACUAGACAAAAGCGAAUUUCUCCGAAAAGAGGUUCUAUACUUAGGACACACCAUAUCUAAAGAAGGCCUUAUGCCAAACAAUGAUAAAAUUAAAGCAGUUUUAGAAUUCCCGAUUCCACGUACAUCAACUGAAAUAAAGAGUUUCUUAGGCCUCGUUGGUUACUAUCGAAAAUUCAUUAGAGAUUUCUCUAAAAUAACACAGCCAUUGACAUCUUGUUUAAAAAAAAAGAAUAAAAUUGACAUCACCAAGCCCGAAUACAUAGAAGCCUUUGAAAAGUGCAAGGAACUUUUAGUUAACGCGCCUAUUUUACAAUUUCCGGAUUUCAGUAAACCAUUUGUCCUUACAACAGACGCAUCCAAUGUCGCAUUAGGUGCAGUACUUUCCCAAGGUCAAAUUGGUAGCGACAAACCCAUCGCUUUCGCAAGUCGUACGCUGAACGAAGCAGAGACACGCUACAGCACAAUAGAAAGAGAGUUGUUGGCCAUCGUCUGGGCGACAAAAUAUUUCCGGCCUUAUUUAUAUGGACGUAAAUUCACGAUAUACACCGAUCACAGGCCGUUAACCUGGCUUAACUCAAUAAAGGAACCGAAUACCAAAUUAACACGUUGGAAAUUACGUUUAGCCGAAUUUGACUAUGAUAUUGUAUUUAAAAAUGGGAAGCAAAAUUCAAACGCAGACGCAUUAUCCAGAAUUAGGAUCAACGCUUUGGGCAAUGAUGAUAUCUCGCUAAAGGUAAACGUGGACAUAAAUGAACGAAAUCUUCAAGGUCACAUUGACAAUCUAACAGAAGAGAUAACCCGCUUAGCUAGAAACCAACAUCAAGAAAACCCUCCAACACCUAUGGAAGUAUCUCCAGCUUCUGAACGAACACUCAGUGUGGAAUCAUUAGGGUCUAGCACCAUUACUGCAUCUGAAAUAAUGAGCACAAUCCAUUCCGCGGAGGAUAUAGAUACAGAUGGUAUAUGUAUUCUGCAAGAAGCUAUAGACACAAAGCCAAAUCAAGUACUUGUAUUCCCUGGAAUAGGAAAGAAAUAUUAG